AUGACGCGCCACUCUGGUCUGGUUGAAGUUUUGGGCAACGCAGUUCUGGCAACAAACUGCUCUCGGCUCUACGAUGUGCCGCUGCUCAGUUCAACAAUCCUCCAGGGGUCGACAUUUGGUGCGGCAAAGCCUAUCGAUCGACAUGAGACCGCAGCAUUGCUCAUAGGAGCCGAGGUGUCAUAUCAGCUGGGUGAAGCCAUUAGCGAGUCUUCCAUCACAACUCCGGCGCAAAAGUUACAGGUCACUGUGCUCGCUGGGGAUGUGAAGCUAGGCUCGGCUUCACUGGAUGUUGGAUCAGUUGAUAACGAAGUUCCCAUUUCAUUGGAUGGCCUCGAUCCCAGUCUUGAUCCUUACACCUUGACAAUCAAUGCAGAACUGGCAAAUUUGACGACGUAUUCGACAAACACUAGCUUCUCUUACCUCCCAUACCCAGAUAACUACGGCAGUGUUGCUAGGCUGGACAAUCUCUACGGGGGCAUUCACGCGCAGAGAGGAAAGAACAGUUCCUGGGAGGUAAUAUUUCCAUACACAUAUUACGUGCAAUGGACCCUCUAUUGGGAUACUGACGUCUCUACACUUGACGAAUACGCCUCCUACGGCUUCAAUUUGGUUCACAUCGUCCCGACGGGAUCUCUUGGGGAGCAGCCGUUUCCCUGGGACCAAUUCCAACCCUACCUUGACCGAGCGGCAGAGUUGGGUAUAUGGCUCCAAUAUGAUGUUAUAUGGGAGCCAGGAAACACGACCGAGAUGAUUGAACAGGUCACUGCCCUGCGCACUCACCCCAGUAUCUUGAGCUGGUACCAAAGCGAUGAACCAGACGGAAAAGGCAACCCUACCAACUCCACAGGCCUCGCUUACAAAAAAAUCAAAGAACUAGACCCCUACCACCCCAUCAGCCUCGCCCUUAACUGCGAAAACUUCUAUUACGGCGAAUAUGCUGCUGGGGCUGACAUUAUUGUACCGGAUGUGUACCCUAUAUCAACCAAUACCUCUUACUCAACAGUGUAUGACACUGUCUGCAAUUCCACUUACGGCUGCUGCGGCUGCGACAAUUGUGGAAUCGGCCCGACCGUCUUUGACGACAUUCCACGGCGCCUCGAUGAGUUCAGACGCAGGGACGAGCUCAUCGGCUGGGCAAAGACGCAGUGGUUCGCGCCCCAGGCGUUUGGGAACGAGACCUUUUGGACGAGGUAUCCAACUGCGCAUGAGCUGGACGUCAUGACGCUUCUUGCAGUAAAUCAUGGCGCCAAGGGGCUAACCAUGUGGGAUUACCCAACCACUGCCGAGCUGUUCAACGUCACUAGAGACAUGGCUGCUCUCUUCACCGGCACAACGGCAGCGAGCCUGUUUCUCGGCGCGCCGAGAUUCCAGGGCUUGCCAGUCUCAGGAUCUGACGACCUUGACGCUGCUGCAUGGGUGGACGAGAAGAACGGGCAGGCGAUGGUCAGUGUGGUGAACCUGAAUUACUAUGACAUCUCUGAACCCCUUUCCGUUGCCCUGCCGGAAGGGCUCAUUGCCUCGACGCUUGAAACGAGUCUUUGGGGUGAUGACCAGUGGAAAGUUGGGCCUAAUGGGAGUUUGAUCGCUAGUGAUGGUGUGGGCGGCCUAGCUACGGCUGUUUUUGUCGUCAAUAUAUCAUAA